CCGAAUAAAUGUCAAAUUACAAACUAAUACUUCUAUAAUAAAGACAAUACAUGGCAUUAAAGAUUAAAGAAUGGGUCCGUUUGCCAGGAUACCUCUUGGCUGCGCUGAUCCUCGGCUCUGUGGUUGUUGGGAAGCCUCCGGUAGAGAAGAGUCACUCCCUGUCACUGGUGACAAUGGUGCCUCUUCUGGAACUGGAAAGGAAAUUAAUUGAUAUCCUCGAAAACUAUACGAAUGCCGUUGAGGAGAAACUGCAGGCCGUUCGCAGUCAAAUCCCUCUGAUGCGCUCUGAAAACGAAAAAGGAAAACAGGAUGCCAUAUCCUACCUAUCCAAUCCUCUGAACAGCUUUUCACUCAUCCGACGACUACAUGUGGAUUGGUUUCAAUGGCGCAAGUUCAUGGAACAACCUGUGGGCAUCCCCCAAAUGCAAAACUUGGACAGCUGGUUGCAAGAGCUUCCCACGAAAACGGAUCUAUGGGAGGCAUGUACAGGAGUAGCACGUAUUCAAAGAACCUACAACCUUAAAAUCAGCGACUUUAUCGAAGGGAGAAUCAAUGGAAAGCAGUAUAAUGCUAGCAUGAGUUGUGGCGACAUUUUUGCAGUGGGCCAUCAUCUUGCACAGGAAAAUAAAACAUCAGAAGCUAUUCAAUGGCUUCAGGAGGUUUCUCCUCUUUUACAGGAAGAUCUUUUAAUAAUACCAAAGCACCUGGCUAUCGAGGAAUUCGAGGUUCUAAAAUUACUCGCCGAGACCCACUUUAGAGAAGAACACUAUUCAAAAGCCUUAACUCUGCUGGAUAAUUGCCUGAAAAUGAAGCCCCAGGAUGCUCAUGUUCUCCGACUACGAAGGAAGACAAAGGACCUUUUGGAAAAUCAACCAGUACCUACGCUUGAAGAAACUAAGCAAAAAGAAGUUCCAGAUACUUAUAAAAUAGGUUGCAGGGGAAUGUUUAAGAAACCAACUAGAUUGCACUGUUUCUACAAUUUCACCACGACUCCAUUUCUUCGGUUGGCACCUCUUAAGACAGAGCAAGUUGGAUUGAACCCUUAUGUAGUGCUGUACCACGACAUGCUCUCUGCUCAGGAAAUUUCUGUGCUUAUAGACAAGGCUGCUCAAAAUAUGAAAAACGCCAGAACCCAUACUCUUUACCCUACCAAUAAAAGCCGCGGAAGAACUGCCAAAGCCCACUGGUUUAAUAAGGAAAAUAACAAGCUGACAAGACGGAUUACGAGGAGGAUUCAAGAUAUGACUGGUUUUGACCUGACCGAUUCGGAAGAACUCCAGGUGAUAAACUACGGCAUAGGUGGACACUAUUAUACCCACUCGGAUUACUUUAACUUCGCAUCUGCUAAUUACACAAGAAAACUUACUACCCAGGCCGCCAUUUUGGGGGAUCGCAUUGCCACAGUGUUGUUCUAUCUGACUGAUGUUGAACAGGGUGGAGCCACGAUAUUCGUAAAUGUAGGAUACUCUGUGUAUCCCCGUGCUGGAACGGCCAUCUUCUGGUACAACCUGGAUGCAGAUGGGAAUGGGGAUCCCCUCACCAGACAUGCCGCCUGUCCCGUGAUUGUGGGCUCCAAAUGGGUGAUGACCGAGUGGAUACGCGAACGGCGGCAGAUCUUUAUCAGACCCUGCCUGCCCCGCUCCAAGGAACCCUCGCCAAAAUCAUAGGCAAACAAAUUUCCGGCAUAAUCACUCUGCACACUUAACAAAAAACCCUCGCAGCUCAGCUUAAAUGCCUUUUUAAAAUGCCAACACGGAAAAAAUAAAGUGCUGAGUGGUGAUA